AUGGCUGCCUUUCUGAAGAAGCCCCUGAAGCUGGCCCUGGUGCAACUUGCAUCCGGCGCGGACAAGGCCGUCAAUCUCUCCCACGCCCGAAGCAAGGUCCUCGAGGCUGCGCAAGCUGGCGCACGACUGAUCGUCCUCCCCGAGUGCUUCAACUCUCCCUAUGGCACACAGUAUUUCCCUACAUAUGCUGAGACGCUCCACCCUUCCCCGCCAACGAAGGAGCAGUCACCCUCGUUCCACGCCCUGUCGGCGAUCGCCGCCGAGGCAAACGCAUACCUUGUCGGUGGCAGUAUCCCAGAGUUGGAACCGGAAACCAAGAGAUACUACAAUACCUCGCUGGUUUUCUCGCCUACGGGUUCCUUGAUCGGCUCCCACCGCAAGACGCAUCUGUUUGAUAUCGAUAUCCCGGGAAAGAUCAAGUUCAAGGAGAGUGAGGUGCUGUCGCCGGGGAAUGAGCUGACAGUGAUUGAUCUCCCCGAAUAUGGCAAGAUUGCCCUCGCCAUCUGCUAUGAUAUUCGAUUCCCGGAGUCAGCCAUGAUUGCGGCCCGCAAGGGUGCGUUCCUGCUUGUCUACCCGGGCGCGUUCAACACCACGACGGGGCCCUUGCACUGGUCACUUUUGGGACGCGCUCGUGCGGUGGAUAACCAGACAUAUGUGGCGCUGUGCAGUCCCUCGCGCGAUUUACAGGCCACCUAUCAUGCCUACGGCCACAGCUUGAUUGCUGACCCUAGCGCGCACAUUUUGGCAGAAGCGGAGGAAAAAGAGACUAUCAUAUAUGCUGAUUUGGAUAAUGAUACCAUUGUGAAUAUUCGCAAGGGCAUUCCGAUCUACACCCAGCGACGAUUUGAUGUGUACCCUGAUGUGAGCGGCGAGGGGGCAAAAUAG